AUGGACGGGAAUCCUCAGCAUCUACGCCAUACUGAGGCAAAUUCAGCUGCGCUGGAGCGGCCACCUGGUGCGCAUGGACGACGAGUGACUACCCAAACGACUCUUCUACGGAGACGUCGCGAGGGGUUCUCGCCGUCAAGGAGGCCAGAUUCGCCGUUACAAGGAUACCCUGAAGUCCUCCCUGAAAUGCCUGCAAAUCAACCCACCAACUGGGAUGAGCUCGCACUCGAUCGACCGACCUGGAGGAGGACAGUGAAGACAGGCGCUGCGAUCUACGAAGCCAACCGCAUCGCUGCCGCCAAAGCGAAACGUGAAGCCCGCAAAUCACAACUUCGCCCAGUAAGCAACGCCGCCGCACAACCGCUUCCAACGUGUCCUCGAUGUCAACGGACAUUUCGGGCUCGAAUCGGACCUGUUGGACAUCUUCGGAUUAACUGCGCCUCUCGAACGGCACCAACCAUCGUCCCCCACCUGCCUCUUCCUCCUCCUCUCCGCCGCCAACUAACCCUGACAAUUCUUCUGACCCAACACUUCCAUCAUCCUCCUCCUCCUUCUCAUCCUCCUCCUCCUCCUCCUCCUCGCCCACUGCCCCAACGGCGGCCGCUCAGGCGACUGUCCCACGCACAGCAACCGACACUACCACCACCUCCCCCGACUCCAGGGAUGAGGAUCAGGACUACACCUGCCCUCACUGCGACCGUACCUUCACCUCACACAUCGGCCUGGUAGGUCACUUGAGAAUCCAUCGCACAGAGCCUGGCGAACCAGUGCCUGGAGCACUAACCUACACCCACCGCACUCGCCUCCACUGCCCACACUGCCCUCGCACCUUCAGGCAUCGCAUGGGCCUUUUCGGCCACAUGCGCAUCCACGAGAGCGGCCUUGACCGCACUCCCGACACACACACUACAUCCAACACAUCCACCGUGCACACCCCCACUCUCGUUCCAUCCGUCCGCGACACCACCACCACCACCGCCUCCUCUGUAGCUGACACUGACACCGCCGACUUCUCAUGCCCACACUGUCCACGCACAUUCACCUCACGCAUCGGCCUGGUCGGUCACUUGCGAAUCCAUCGCAGAGAGACUGGCGAACCAGUGCCUGGAGCACCCACCUAUACCCACCAAGCUCGUCUCAACUGCCCACACUGUCCUCGCAAUUUCAGGCAUCGCAUGAGCCUAUUCGGCCACAUGCGCAUCCACGACGACCUGCGGUAG